CUGAAUUCUAAAUGUGUGCGUAUUUCGUAGGGUACGCUACGUUAUGAGAUGGCAUCGUUGACAAUUGUUCCGAUAGUUCCCUGUCCGAAUUUUCGUUGAUUGUUAAUUGUGAUGUCUGGGAAAGGGUCUAAAGGAUUCGCUCUGUUCCAAAUCAACAGUCAGGAUGUAUGGGAUGCGGAUGAUCGUGAAUAUCAAAGCAUUAUAUCCCCUAAGGGUAAUAUAAUUUUGUUUGUUACUUCCUGUUAGUUGUACAGAAAACAGCAGAAAAGGUUUUAGAAUUGCAUAGGAGGGAAUCUGCGAUCGCUGAGAAGAGGGAUGACAGCCUUAAGAACGUUGAGUCUGUCGAAGUUAAAAACCCUACCGUGUUCCCUUUUGAAAAGUUUCCAAAACAUGCACCUGGAAUGGGCGUGCGUCUAAGGGCGAGUCCUGAUGACUUCCCGGUUGCUCAACAGAAAUUAUUAGAUCAAGGUCGUAUCCAACGUUUCAGAGCAUGUAUCAACUCAAGCAUAACUGAUUUAGCUGUAUUACGUCAACUUUCAUGGUCAGGAGUUCCAGAGGAACUAAGACCAACAGUAUGGAAACUUUUAUGCGAUUAUCUUCCGACUAGUCCUGACCGUCGUGUAACUGUACUAUCGGAUAAGCGUAAACAAUAUUCUCUAUUUGUUAGUCAAUAUUUUCAUUUACGUGAAAAUCCCAAGCAUAAACCAAUGUUUCAUCAAAUUCAAAAAGAUUUAACUAGAAUGACGCUACUCUACCGUCGACCUGAAAUGGUUGCUAUGUUUGAAAGAAUAUUAUUUGUUUGGUCAAUGCGACAUCCUGGAAGUGGUUAUGUUCAAGGUAUCAAUGAUCUGCUAACCCCAUUCUUUAUUGUAUUUCUGUCGGAAUAUACACAUGUUGAUUUAAACACAUCAGGUGAAUUAAGCCUACAAUCAGAUAUAACUAGUGACCAAUUGACCUCAGUUGAAGCGGAUGUUUUUUGGUGUACAUCUCAUCUAUUGGAUACAAUACAAGAUAAUUAUACAUUUGCUCAACCUGGUCUACAAAAUAAUGUAAAAAUGUUAGCUAGUUUAAUUGAACGUGUUGAUACAAAGUUGUAUCAACAUUUUAUACAAAAUGAUGUAGAAUUUUUACAAUUUGCUUUUCGUUGGAUGAAUAAUUUAUUAAUACGUGAAUUACCCUUGCGGUGUAUUAUACGUCUAUGGGAUACGUAUAUGUCAGAAAAUAGUGGAUUUUCAACUUUUCAUGUUUAUGUAUGCGCAGCAUUUCUAUUGCAAUUUUCCAAUGAUCUCUGCCGUGAACGGGAUUUUCAAGGUAUUAUGGUAUUACUACAACAUUUGCCAACAUUUCAUUGGACAGAUGAAAAUAUUAAUCUAGUUUUAGCUGAGGCGUUUCGUUUACACUCUCUGUUCAAUUCAGCAAUGCAUCAUUUAGACUUUAGACGACAUUCUGAUUUAGAUUAGUGAGUAUUCCCUGUAAACUUCUUUAUUAAUUAGUGCUUCAAUUCCUCGCUUAGGAAUUGUACUGACUUUACGGCGCUAUAUACUGACUGCAUGUAUAAUACUGAUAAUGACGUAUUUUUCUCUAUUACUCCUCUCUUCUUUAUCGUUUAGACUGCUGCCCUUAUUCUCCAUCAUACAAGUGAUUUCUAUGACAAACUGUUUCUCUCUUUGCCUUAAGUUAUAUUCGUCUUGUUGACUGACUGUGUGGUGCUCAAUUCAGCAUGCAUAGUGCUCUCUUUUGUUGAUUAUAGUUGAUCUCCCGGUAAAGGUUCUCUCUCUUUCUCUGUAUCCUGUCUCUUGUACAUGUAAGUACCCAGCAUAGUCGUCAAGGUAUAUUUGUAUGAAAUAACAUCUUCCAAUUAACUAAUAAUUUUGUACUCCUGUACUCUGUCUAUUUCGAUCGAUAUUUCUGUGUUGGUCACCUUCCUCGUUCUUUCUUUUAAACUACCCUGAUGCCUUCUAACCGUGUUGGUUUAUCUCUAGUUAAGAUCUGUUAUCACAACCACUACUAGUAUUACUACGUGUACUUAUAAUCUACUACUACUACUACUAUUAUUAUCAUUACUAGUGGCAGUAGUACUGAUAUUGUUACUAAAAUUUCAUUUUUUUGAACAAUCCUUGUGUCUUUCAAGUUUUCAUUGUGUUGUGAUAUCGUGUGUGGUUUAUACUUCUAUUAUUACUAUACUCUACACUGGUGUGUGUGUGUGUUUGUUAGCAGUCCCACUAGAAAAGGGUGAUCUGUUUUGUCGGUGGAUGGAGGCCGAAGAGGAGUGGCUGUUCAGAAUAUACUUCUCUUUUUGUACUACUCAAUAACCAUAAUCAGUAUUUCUUUUCCUCAUUUGAUGAUUACAUCACCUUUGUACUGAUUAGAUUCCUGUUUUUUGUUCUCUUUUUUUGUAUGUGUAUACUUUGAAGUUAGUUAUCUUGAAUGAUUAAGGUGCCCCUUGUGCGCUCGCUUUCUGUUUUGGUAUCUGUAGUGGAGAAAACAAUCGAAUUUAGGAAAAUAAAUAGUUAAGAGAGUUUGCCAGUUUUGUCUAAUCUUGUGUUAUACUCCAGUUUUUACUUUCGCUCCCCUUCCCCGUCUGUCAGUCCGUCUGUUCAUCGGCCGGAGUGCAGUGAUAUUUACUUAUUAUUACUAUAUUAUAUUCUUGUUAAUUGAUGAGUUCUAUUCUUACAUUUCUACUCGAGAGUGGGGUUUAUUUGGCAAUAUAUUCUCCCUGUUUUUUUUAAAUUUUGUACCAUUUCCCCCCUCCUCGCGUUAAAAGUAAAGAAAGACAAGUGUAUCUACUCAGAGCCUUUAACCUUAUUUAAUAUCAAAUAAUGUCUUAUGAUGUGAUGUGUCUUAGUGAUACUGUUAGAUGGCCGUAGAUUUUGUCCCUUGCGGUUGGUACUCAUUCAUCAAUAAGGUGUAUCUACUACACCCAGCUAUGCGGAGAAUAAUUAUGUUCCCUAUAAAAUUCUAGCCUCCGUCAAUCAGUCGUAGUAAAUGCCAAUAGUACGUACUAAUGUGAUUUAGCAGUACCUUUUUAAAGGAAUCCUAUGCCAUUUGAAAUGUUACAUUUGACUGUUCUAGAGGAGUUUUAUCGAUCUUUUAGACGGCUAGAAUAUUCGUUG